GCUCUUUGAACAGCUCUUCUUUAUUCAAAUCACCUACUAGUAGGAAGUAUUUGAUUGAUAGCCGCAGCUCUUCUACAUGUGCAUCAGCUGUGAGGAAUCCUGCUCCGCAGUCCUGCAGCCGCUUUUUGGUGCAGCUGGGAGCGUUGGUCUUUGGUGAAGGCAACUCUGUGAUCCAAAAGGCGCAGCAGCGCCUUGCUUUCGCUCGCGGAGUUCGUCCAGCUUGGUUGGAGAUAAGACCAAAGGGCCUGCAUUGACAACCUGCAGCCUUAUUUCUUAGUACUCAUGAGCACUCUGAGCUCAGAGUCUCAGCUCUCAUGCACUGCUUUUCAAUUCAUCCCUUGACAUGAGAUCUGGAAGCUAGAGUACAAUCUACUCUCAGUACAUCACACCACCUGCAAUCGCUAACUUGAAGCUCUAACGUUCGUGUCCAUCAGAGAGUCAAGAACAAGCCAGAAACUGUGAGCUUCUUUUUGACACCAUGGCUGGCGAUGGGUCCGAGCCAGGGGUGUCCACGAAACGGUUUGGACGGAGGAGCAUAACAGGCAUGCUAGCAGCAGCCAACACUGCGGCAGAUGCAGAAUCCCCUACAGGGAGGGGGGCAGAAGCAUCGGCUGCCCCUCCGCCAACUUCAAAGUCGGGCUGGGGAGUUGACACAGUCAAGACCGACGCUUCGGUUGCCAGCGCCGCAGCAGAACACCGUCGGAGGAGAAAUCUUUCAGAAACAGAAGAGUCCAAAGGGCCCGAUCGGAGUCGGCACAAUGCAGAAAUGGAGGAUGAGGUGCAGGAGAUUGCCACUCUCGACGCGGACGAGACUGAAAACUCGAGCUCGCAGGUGGCGGCGCCUCCCAAGCAGUCAGGCCUGAGGGUGCAAACCAUCCGAGAACUAGAUCGGAGUGCUCACUACUCUCUGCCCUCCACGUCGGAUACCGGGAUCGAUCUGAGUCUUCUCACGUCCGUCCUCUGUCCACCGGCUCAGGUUGCAGAGGAGGACACGGUUUGGACGGCGGAGUUUCUCUUGACGGAGCUGCAACUCGAGUCAAACGCCGAGACGGACGGAAACGCCACUCCUGAACGCGAUGAAAAGCAGCCGGCACAAAACGGGCUCGCAGGCAGUAGAGGAAACAGCGGGCGCAUCAGCCUUGCUACAAGCUUGAAGCUGUGAUUGGGCGCCAUCCUCCUUUAAGACGACCAGCUACGUUGAGUGCUGCGAAGCGUUGAAAGGUCCAGCAGAAUAAGUGCCAUCUUAAGACGGAAGCAUGGAGCACUUUGUAGCAUGUAAGAUCCAGUAGGCCCCAAUUACGAAUUUGAACUCUACUGAAAAGGGCCGGUGAGGCCAUAUUGUGAUCCGCUGCUCCAUGUGAGUCGCUGCAGCUAUCCGCAACGUACUGUGGGCUCAAAGUUUCAACGCGAGUACGCUCAGGAUCCGAUCAAUUGAGCUGAUCGGAUACGGGCAAGACAGGACAACGUACGGUACUUUACAACCGAGCGCUCACUGCAAGACUAAGACAAAAGUGAGGUCAAAAGCAAUGCAAAUUGCAGCUUAAGAAAGCCCUUUUUGAGGAGAG